AUGCUGGUUCAUGUCUCCAUAACUCUGUCAAAGACUCAAUCCCCUCAAUGGGCUUUCUGUGAUAGGCCUUCAAGCAGACAGCUCCCGGUGAUCCCAAUGGACAGAAGCCAAGUCUCUGAUCUCUCGUGCGGCCUGGGAGGAAAGUGCCGCGGCUCGAGCACAGCGUCUGCCAGUGUCAUUGAGGUGUGGACAACCGUGAGGAGGACUACCCGGCGAUCUCACAAAGACGUGACCAGACCCCUAGCGGUGGAGGAGGCAUGA